ACCGACUCUACGGAACUGUCCAGAAUUUUUCUCUUAUCAUUCCCUGUAGCGCCCGUGAUUAACUUCACGCCCAAGUCGUCCCGUUGUGAGGCUGGCUGAUGUCUCGGAUAUGCCUGUAUGUACUGUACCUCUUACAGAACUGUAAUAUUCUCACGGCACGGGAGGAACCAGCUCAAAACUGCUUACGACGACAACGGGGCACAGCUUCAGAGACAAAAAGGUACAGCGCAACAUAUUCAUGCAUUGUUUGCUUUUUGGCAGCAAUCUACCGCCUUGUUCAACCCGGGCACGAAAAAGAACAAAUGCAAAUGCAGAUAAAGCUUUAUGCAUUUAGAUGUCUUGUUGUCAGUCGUUGCUCCGGGCUCCCGUAACGGGGUCUUCCUUGCACAAUGGGAGCUUCCUGCAAAUUAGAUUUCUGAGUCUCAUGUUGAUGAAGUUUCUAGCUUCAGGGCCCAAAAGUCUGUGCAAAAGGACCCUGUGCCUGUGCUGUAUCACUCUAGCUUUUCACCUCUCAACAGCUUGGACCAAGAUGAGUUGUCCAGUGUUGCUCUGGCAAGAUGAGUCAAAUGGACGGUAGGUAGACAGUAGUCCGACAAUUCAACAUGGUCCGCCUCAUGAAAUUGAGUUCACCGUUAAAAUAACCCCGGAUCGGCCAGCUCAGCCCAGCAAGGGCACGAAGCCACAGGGAUCAAUUUGGUAGUAAAAAGGACAUCGAGCUGACUGACUCUGCGUGCGCCCGUCUUCCGCGGGUGCCUGCUGCCUCUUGUCUCAACUGAAUGUGCAAGUGACGGGCGGUGAUUGAUAAUGGAUGGCGGCGCUUGAACCGUGCCGAAAGGCCGCGCAAUUGAUACAAUAAGCAUUGGAUCUGUCACAUUUAAACAAUGGCGUUCGCGUCGGGCGGCAUGUACAUUACAGUAGAUGCAGUAAUUAACCCUCGUUGUGCGACCGACAUUAUAUAAAAGGCGGAUCUUUGGAUGGAGUCUUGAAUCCUAGGGCGGGUUUCACGCAUAUCGCGGGAUCCGAUGAGCGAGUUUCGUUUCUCCAUCCGCGGUCAACGCAUAAGUUGAGAUAAAGAAUCGGUAUUGUUUCUCAACGCAUGAAAGAGUCGCUAUUGGGCACCCGCCAAACUUCCAUUGUGACAGAAUUGUAAUUUGCAAAGUUUUGUUCUCGUAUGGAAAGGCGCUAUUGGAUGGCUGUCACUUACAAGCCUCAAUCCUGAUGCAACGCAGACAGCCCAGCAGAACAGAACAACAGAGGCGCCCGCGACUACGGACACCACCACGAUCUAAGCACCAGGGUGAUCCAAUAUCCACAGGGAGGAAGAUGAGCAGAAUGCUACAGCGCAGCACACCGCGUACCCGGGGAUUCGGGUCGUUCAGUUUUCAGGGCUGCAACGCUGGUCUUACAGGCUCCAAUAUUUUGAGAGCGAGCUUGAAUGAUACUCCGUACAGAAGAGAUGGACCCCUAAUUCUUUUUGAGGGCUGACUCUGACGGAGAGCGAGAGCGAGAACCCUGUCCUUGCUUGAUGAGCCUGAACCGUUGGAUUGGGCUCUGAGCUAGCGUUUAGUGUACCCAGAAAUAGAGCAUUGUUGAAAUGUGUAAAUUGGCGUGUUGGGCUUGACAGUAAAAAGCCCACCGCAGAAAAUACAAUGCUGUAGAGUUUCAUGAUGUUUAUGACCGCUUCUUCUUUGCUGUCUCUUGUCUGUGGAUCGUGUUGGGAUGAAUUGCUAUUUCAGGUGCAUCUUCCCGCCCUUUGGUUUCUUUACAGGGCCCCUUGCCGUGACUCACGAG